AGAGACGAGCUGAGCAACCAGCCAGCACCAGCACCUCUGCGCGGCAGCGACUCUCUGCCCGGGUCCCUCCAUCAUGCAUGGGGGUAAGAGGGGUCUGGUGGCUCCGCAGAACACUUUCCUGGAAAAUAUCGUCCGGCGCUCCAGCGAAACCAGUUUCCUGUUGGGGAAUGCGCAAAUCCUAGACUGGCCGGUUGUGUACAGCAACGAUGGGUUCUGCAAGCUGUCCGGCUACCACAGAGCCGAGGUCAUGCACAAGAGCAGCACAUGCAAUUUCAUGUAUGGUGACCUGACUGACAAAAAGACCAUAGACAAAAUCAGACAAACCUUUGACAACCACGAGUCUAAUUUCCACGAGGUGCUUCUAUACACAAAGAACAGAACACCAGUAUGGCUUUACAUGCAGAUCGCCCCCAUCAGGAAUGAAAACGACAAAGUGGUGCUUUUCCUCUGCACCUUCAGAGACAUCACACUGUUUAAGCAGCCCAUAGAAGACGAUUCAGCCAGAGGGUGGACCAAAUUUGCCAGGCUCACAAGGGCGCUCACCAACAAUCGUACCCUGGUGCAGCAGUUAGCUCCUCUGAACAAGCCUGAGGUCAGCCACAAGCCGUCCCGACUGGCUGAGGCUCUCCAGUUGGGAUCGGACAUCCUCCCUCAGUAUAAACAAGAGGCCCCCAAGACCCCUCCGCACAUCAUCCUCCACUACUGCACCUUUAAGACCACAUGGGACUGGGUCAUCCUCAUCCUCACUUUCUACACUGCCAUCAUGGUUCCCUACAACGUGUCCUUCAGGACCAAGCACAACAACCUGGCCUGGCUGGUGGUGGACAGCGUGGUCGACGUCAUCUUCCUUGUCGACAUCGUGCUCAACUUCCACACAACCUUCGUGGGCCCGGCUGGAGAAGUCAUCUCGGACGCCAGGCUGAUUCGGAUGAAUUACCUGAAGACGUGGUUCGUCAUCGACCUGCUGUCCUGUCUGCCUUACGACAUCAUCAACGCCUUUGAAAACGUAGACGAGGAUGUCACCACGCAUGCCUCCCCAGCAAGUCAUCUCCGUGACUUCUCCAAUUUCCACAGGAACUCCACUCGGGCAGAGGACUCCGUCCUCCCAGGUCUCAGCAGCCUCUUCAGCUCCCUGAAGGUGAUCCGCCUGCUGCGUUUGGGCCGAGUGGCUCGGAAGCUGGACCACUACCUGGAAUACGGGGCGGCCGUCCUGGUCCUCCUGGUGUGUGUCUUCGGCCUGGUGGCCCACUGGCUCGCCUGCAUCUGGUACAGCAUCGGGGAUUACGAGGUCAUCGACGAGACCACCAACAGCAUCAAGACGGACAGCUGGCUCUACCAGCUCGCUCUGAGCAUCGGAAAGCCUUACCGGUAUAACGCCAGUGGGACAGGCCGGUGGGAAGGUGGCCCCGGCAAGGACACCCUAUACGUUUCCUCCCUCUAUUUCACCAUGACGAGUCUCACCACCAUUGGGUUUGGCAACAUUGCUCCAACAACGGAUGGGGAGAAGAUUUUCUCCGUGGCUAUGAUGAUGGUGGGCUCGCUGCUGUAUGCGACCAUCUUUGGGAACGUGACCACCAUCUUCCAGCAGAUGUACACCAACACCAACCGAUACCACGAGAUGCUCAACAACGUGCGUGACUUCCUCAAGCUUUAUCAGGUUCCCAAAGGUCUGAGCGAGCGGGUCAUGGACUUCAUCGUCUCCACCUGGGCCAUGUCUAAAGGCAUCGACACGGACAAGGUUCUCUCCAUCUGUCCCAAAGACAUGCGGGCAGACAUCUGCGUGCACCUCAACAGGCAGGUGUUCAAUGACCAUCCAGCGUUUCGUCUGGCGAGCGACGGCUGUUUGCGCUCCCUCGCUGUGGAGUUUCAGACCACGCACUGCGCGCCCGGGGACCUCAUCUUCCACAUCGGAGAAAGCCUCGACACCCUCUGCUUUGUUGUCUCCGGCUCGCUUGAAGUCAUCCAAGAUGAGGAGGUCAUCGCAAUACUCGGCAAAGGGGAUGUGUUCGGAGACGUCUUCUGGAAGGAGACCACGCCGGCUCGAGCCUGCGCGAACGUGCGAGCGCUGACCUACUGCGACCUGCACGUCAUCAGGAGAGAAGCGCUAAUGAGGGUGCUGGACUUCUACACCGCGUUCGCCAACUCCUUCUCUCGCAACCUCAUCCUGACCUGUAACCUACGGAAAAGGGUGAUCUUCAGGAAGAUCGCUGACGUGAAGAGAGAGCAGGAGCGGCAGAGGAGCGAGGUGGCUCUCUCCAUCCCCGACGAUCACCCUGUUCGCAAGUUGUUCCAGAGGUUCAGACAGCAGAGAGACUCUCAAGCGGCGGGAGAGACGCAAGCUCACUCCGAGCAGAACUGCGUCCAGAUGGAGCCGCAGCGUCAGCACCGCGCCGACUCGGUCGCCUGCGAUCAGCAGCGCGAGCACGGCGCCCUGCCCAGCCCGGCGGCGGGGAGUGGCAGCAGAGGGAGCGGCGCGGCUGCUCCUCAGCAAGAGUGCAGUAACUCUGAAAAGGCAGAGCAGGGACGUGCUGAAGUUACCAUGGAGCUGAGGCCCAGUCAGAGGAGCUUAAAACCCGCCCAGGGUGGUGGCGCGGGUGCAGAGAGAGGCGCCGGCGGAGGCGGCGGCAGAGGGGGGCGAGGGUGGGCGAGGUUUAAAAGCGCCGUGUCAGCCGAACCAGCGCUUCCUGUCGUCGAGCAGGAGAAGGACACGCAGGAAGCAGAGGAGUCGCCGAAAGCGCCGCAGGCCCCCGAGGAUCGGGCGGCUUCCGAAAAGAUCCAGGAAUCGGAGGACAGGGGACAGACGGGGAGCGCCGAGGGUGGCGGCGCAGCAGGAGACGGCGGCGAGGAAACGAGCGUCCUGCACAAAACCGACUCCUGCGACAGCGGCAUCACAAAGAGCGACCUGCGCAUCGACCGAGCCGGGGACUCCAGGAGCUCCUUUGAGCGGAGCCCGAUGGAAAAGAGCCCGAUGGACAGAAGUCCCUUUGAGCACAGCCUAGGGGUUUACACCGAGGUGUCCCUGAGGCACUCCUUCCUGCAGCCGGCGUCUGAACAAUCCCUGCUCCAGACGACGCUGCACGACGCCAAGCUGGAGCUGAAAGGGGACAUCAGGAAACUGAGCAGCCGGCUGUCGCUCCUCGAGUCGCAGGUGAGCGAGGUCCUCCGGCUGCUGACGUCCAAACGGAGACUCUCGCUACCCCCGACUUCUUCCAAGGCGAGAAUAAAGAGCCACGACAUGGUCAUGGCCUCAAGAGUCGUAGCCCCCAAAGCGGAGGAGGAAUCUUUGUGACUCCACUAGUGCGCUCAGCAGCUCUGCACGUCCUGCAGGGCGGCAAGACAUUUUUUAAGCAUUAGAAACUUGACUGCAUGCUGAUAUUGCUUUAUGUAACCUAUGCAUCAAAACCCAGGGAUUUAUCUUGCAAUAUUGUAUGCACUUUUAACGGCAGUGUCGUGCCAGAAACAAAUACUGAACAAAAGCGAGAAAAGCAAGUGAAAACACAGCUUGUGGCUGGAAAUGACAAUAUCUCAUGCAUUGUAAAGCAACACGUAAUCAAAUCUGCACCUUUUAUGCAUGUUACUUCAGAGAAGGUGUUUUUGGUAAAGGAUGCUCAGGUGGUGCUUGAUAUUAUCUAGUUAAACUGGACAUGAUCUGAAAACUAGCUUCUUUUGUAGAAAAUGAUUUUUGUUUUUAGUGUUUGAUAGAUGGCAAUCUUGUCAUUUUUCUCUGAGAUGCUUAGGACUGCAGCUCCUGUUCAGUCAGCUGCUCAGAUUUGCAUGUUUACAAACCCUGAUACUGGUACGAAGGAGCAUCUUCAGUGUCGGUUACAGGAAUGACGACAGCAUCAGUGUGCAAUAGAGAAAUCGUUUUCUCGUUAGGACAUAUUUGCUUGCUUUAUUCAUUUAAGACGGUGUGCAAACCUCCCCAGAACACUCUGGGCCGGCUCAUGAACAGCACGGAGCCAUUGCUAGUGUUGCUGUCACGACCGUCAAUUCAGCAGUGCUCUUGUAAAACGGCCUCGCAUCGGUCUGGUCCUGGUCUUGGAUCAAUCUGAGUGGGUAACAAUGCAGCUGUGGCUGCAAAAGUGUGGGAGUUUUGUAGCCAGUCUGUAGAGGGGGUUACAGUCUAACAGGUGCGCUCACCUUUUUCAGUGCGUUUAGCAGUUCCUCAGCUGCUAAACGGUAGGUUGCAGUUAUCGUAGGGCUGGACGAUGUAGAAAAAAAAAGCAUAUUGAUAAAAUAGAAAUAUUGAUCGAUAUCGAUAGUU